AUGGACUACUUUGCCCAAUCUCCCUUGUCGUACGACUCGCCGCCACGCGCGUGGGGUACGGGCAAGUCGUCGCUCUCAGGUUCGUCCGCGAAACCGAUCGUCUCCCCCUCGUCGUCGACUGCAUCCCAGCAACUCCCUUCGGCGCGUCGUCAUCGCCACAGCGCAUGCGUAGAUAAGGCUCUGGUGUUGUGUCGGGAGAUGGCUGCGGAGGCGACGACAUCGGCUAUUGCUGGCGAGGAUCAGGUACGUCCACGAGCCAGCUCAUUCAGGAGGUGUUGCUCGAGCAUCACCCGCGUCAGCUGAGACUUACAACUGCCCAUGCAUCUCAGGGUAUUAUCCAAAACCUCGAAUCAGCAGGAUGGGCCUACCACACCACCACGGAAGGCGUGCGCAUCUUUUCAAAGCAAUCGACCGAGUCGAGCUCGCUCAAUGGCGUCAGGGAGAACGAGUCGCUGCCGUACUUUCGGGGAGAGGGAUGGAUAGAGGGGUCCUGGCAACUCGAGGAUCUCUACGCGACCAUUGUAUCAAUUGGUGCCAGAUCUGUCUGUGCGUACACGCGUCGAUUGGGGAUGGAGCAAGCUUUGCGCUGUCGAGGCAGAGCUCUCCUGAUAGCCCGGAUAGUGGUCAAGGAUUCUGACCGGUGCUGGUCACCAUGUCUCCUUUUCGCAGGGGAUUCGAAGCUAGAAGCAAACGAGUCAUACGUUGCUGCAUACUUGUCCGAGACAGAUCAACUAUGGAAGAGUUUCGUCAGGGCCGAGCUCGGCGUCAAUCGGGAAGCGGCCCUGGUGUCCUCGUAUGCACUCGAUCCUCUUUCGCCCAACACUGCCUACAUCAUCUCAACCUCCGUUGAAGACCCGCUGUUGAUCCAGAAAUGUGGUCGAGGGCAUGUGCAUCUCAAUGGUGUCUGCAUCCGCCGACUACCGCGGCAACCUCACUUUGAGCAACCCCCCGGGAAGGACGAACCCCCGCCGAACUCACUCUCUACUCGUCCCGGUCAUCGAAGAACCAAGAGCUCGGCCAUCCUCCCGGGGAGUGGUGGCGGUUUACUAAGUCCAGGUCUGGCGGGACCGAGUUCGAUGCCUCUGGCGACCUCGGAUGGGCUGCAGCCACGGAUGCCCUUCUUUGGAUCUUCGCUCGCCCUACCUCCAUCCCUGCCUGCCCUGAUCCAUCGGUCGACCUCGCUCGGGUCCUUGUCGAACAACACCGAUUCGGAAAACAGAACACUUCCGCCUAUUCGUACCGACCUUUCGCCGCCAUCGGCGGAAGCCUCUCCUGUCACGGGUCGGUCGUACGAUGGCCUGCUGUCCAAAUUCGCCAGCCCCAAUGGCCUUGGCCCACCCUCGGCAGUGAUUCCGAACGAUGACCGGCCCGGGGUACAUAUCUCCCUCAUCUUACACGCAGCUCCGGGACUCAAUCUUCCUCAGACCACCGUGAAUCAGCUCUCCUUGCACUUGCCUCUUUCAAUUCACGCGAUCGGUCGCUACGUCUUGGCGCACGGGUUCGCACCUCAUCUGAUUCGAACACCCGGUAUCGAAGUGAUGGAAGAGGCGUUUGAUUUCCCUUCGACGACCUAUCGCGCUAUCUUUCGUCGAACCAACAACAUCCCUGCCUCUUCGAAUACAGGGCCCGCAAUGGACCAGCCGACCCGUGUCCGCUUCUUUGGUUCGACAUUCGCCAAGGGUCGGUUCGAUAUCGAGGUCUCCUCAUCUUCGUCCGAUUAUGACCCGACCUGGUCAAUCAACUACGAUGUCAGUCCGAUUGUCGCACCGGAGAUCCGUCGCUUCAGCGCAGAUGAGGAUGCCCAUGUACGACCUCGCGUGGCGGGACCUCGCAAGAGCUCGCUUUCGAUUCUCGGUUCACCGACUUUACCCUCUGCGACCGGGACGACGAGGUAUGCUCAGACGACAAGCCCGACUUUGCAAGAUGGUGAAGGUGGGAAUAAAGAAGAGGAGAAAGUUAGUGAACAGGAUUGGGUCGAUCCGGCGCUCCUUCCCGGUCCCUUGGGCGCUUGUACGCUGCUCUUGCCUCCUCCACCGCCUUAUGUCCCCAUCACGAUCAGCAUCACCAAGAACCUUUCCCUCGUUUCCAAACCCAUCGGAACGACCUUGUCGACGGCGUUGGGUCAAGCGGCGAAAAGUGAUGCUGAUUUGGGGUGGGAUUCGGUCGAACAUAUGCUGGCUGCGACUGUGGUGGGCAGUGAGGCUUGGGCGGAGAGGAAUUUGACCAAAGCCAAGAAGGUGUUGGAUGUUGUCAAGGUGGGGAAGGAGGAGGAGCAUCAGCUGAAUGGGGGAAUGGGGUCUGGAGAAGAUUGA